UAAAUAUUUAAUUAAAUUGGUUUUGUUUUAUUUAAAUGAUAUGGAUAUUAAUUUAAUUUAUUUUCCUAUUAAAACAUUCUAUCAGAAAAAUUAUUGGAUCCCGGAAUAAAUUUAGUUUCAGUAUAUCCUUCACCACCAAAUCUUUACCAUUUAUCAAUUGAAUCUUUUGAUUCAAGUUCAUCGCUAACAUUGGAUUAUCGUCCUGAUGAACCUAUAUUUGUUUUACGACUUUUACGACCUGAAGAUCGGCAACAACGCUCUAUGCCAUCAGCUUCUGAAAUAAAUCGUAUCACACGAGAAAUGAAACUAAAUUCUCCAACAACACAGGGUUCGAAUUCUAACAAAGAAAAUAAUGAAUUCCUAUCCAAGAAACAAUUAAUAGAGCAACAGCGUAAAUAUAGUCGAGCUAAACAAAAAUCGAUCAUUUCUGCACGAAAAAAUGCAGAAGGAGUGGACAUUCUCACAAGAAUUGGAUCUAUUAGAAGUUCUAGAAUAUUCGGAUCAAAAAUACGAUAUUCUUUUAUUCCAGCUGAAGGUGGAGAGAUUGAUAUUAGUGAUAUUAUUGAAGAUAUUUGGGGUGAUGAUGAAGUACUAGGUGUGAUAGCUGAUGAAUCAGAAUCUACCAAGGAACCAUCACCAAGUUCAUCUACAGAAGAUUCUAAUGAAAAUGGACUUUCUCCUGGUACACCUUCAUUCAUUAAUAAAAAGGAACAAUAUAGAAGAAGCACACAAAACGUGGAUAUUUUAGAAAAGAUGGUUAAUGAUAAUAAUUCUGAGUCAAUGGAAGAUAGAAUAGAACGUGUAUUAAAUAAGGUUAGGAAAGGUUAUUAUGGUACUGGUGCAAUUAAAAACCGUCAAAAUCAAACAAAUAAGCAUAAAAACGUAACAAAUUCUAACGAAUUUACUUCCAAGGAUAAAAAUGAACUUCAAUCAGUUAGGAACAAUGAAUCAAAAAGUGAAUCUGUAGAUUUAGUAUCUGAAUCUACUGAACAAAUUAGUGAUCUACCAUCAAGAACAAUAGUAACUAAAACAAAGAAAAGAUCACCUUCUGCAGCAUCAGCUAGUUCAGUGAAUUCCAUAAAUACGACGGAAUCUUCUACACCAACACGAAAAAGAAGACCGUCUUCUAUAUCAUCAUCAUCAACAGAAAAUGAUUGGAUAUUAACAGAUGAUUUUGGUUUACAAGAACUAUUAGUUUUAGUAAGAUCAGGUGUUAAUAUGUUAGAAUUAAAAGAAAGACGUAGGAGCGGGUGGCACUUGAACGAUGAUCCAGAAAAGAUUUUAGAACAAAUUAAACCCACAGAAAUUUUAGAUGAAAUUAAAGCUGUAUUUUCAAAUGUUAAUGAAGAACUCGAUAAAUUAGAACAGGUAAAUUUUAUAAAGAAAUCACUUUAUUUAAAAUUUUAUUAUUGUAUUAAUAAUUUAUUUUUCUUUUUUCUAGGAACUGGAUCAAAUAAUGGAUGAUGCUGUUAGAGCUUUUUAAUAAUUUAAAAAACGGCUAGCGGGCUAGUUUUUUUAUAUUAAUUGUUUUAACUUACAGUAGAUUAUUUAUUUAAAUGUUAGUUCUUAUAACAAUUUAUUUAACCACUACUUAAACGUGUAUUUUACCUAGUUUAGAAAUUGUAAUGAAAUAUAAUGAGAGAUGUACAGUAUAAAAAAAAUUUCCAUGUAUUGAAUAUUUCAUAUUAAAUUGUAGACAU